AGCAGACCAUCCUUCCCGACCAUCCAGCCAACCAGACUGAAGGUUUAACUAUUCCAACAGAAACCAAGUACAAGCCAGUAUUUUGAAGAAAUGCAUUCAACUUAUCACCUGGAGUUGUUUCCUGAAUGUAAUGUGACCCUGCUGCUGUUUAAAGAUGUCAAGAAUGCUGGAAUAUUGAGAAAGAAAGCAAUGGAAGGAGUUAUUGAUGGAGCUUUGAUAAACCCAACAAUGGUAGUGGACUCCUUUCAGAUACUGGUGGCUGCAAAUAAAGCAGUUCAUGUACACAAAGUUGGGAAAAUGAAGACAAGAACUCUUUAUUCUGAAAUCAUAUUCAAUCUGUCACCAGCCAAUAAUAUUUCUGAUGCUUUUAAAAAAUUUGGGAUAUCAGACGGUGACUCGGCUGUUCUGAUUGUGCUGGUUUGUGAAAAUGAGGAUAAGUGUAACCUAGAAGAAAUUACAUCACAUGUGGAGGGACAGCAAAUUGCCCUUGAAGAUCUGCCAAUGAUUACAGAUGUGGCAAAGGUUAAAAAGCAUUACAAGCUUACUCCUCAUGAGGAAAAGAUUGGAACACUUCUUGACGGCAUUAUUUGCAGAAUGGCUACAAAAGAUGUUUUAUAAUAUAGAUGUUUCCUUUAAGAUAGUUUAGAGUGGAAUCUACUGACAUAAAAAAAGCUUUUUUUUUAAAUUAUUUUUAAUUUUAAGCAAUACUGUUUAACAUGCUGCAGUAGGUGACAAACACAACAUAAUGAAUAUUCUUAUCUGUAUCAGAUACAUAAAUUGUUCAGUGCUGUAAAAUUGAUAAUAUCUAUAAAUAUGUUUUUAUUGGUCAACAUUAGAUUAUCCAUACCUGAAGAAUGUGUGGCACAUUGUCUUUAUUAUGACAAAUAAAUACAUUCCAGUACUCAUUCCAGCAGGCAUUAUCUGCAAAGAAUAUAUCACUUCUCAUUGAUCAAUUACUUGGUUUGUUAUUCACCAGAGAUUUAAACCUGCUUGCCAGUACGUUACGAUACUCCUUGCAGCAGUAG